AUGGCUGUCAAGGUCGGUAUCAAUGGCUUCGGCCGUAUCGGUCGUAUCGUCUUCCGCAACGCCCUUGAGGCUGGCGAGGUCGACGUCGUUGCUGUCAACGAUCCUUUCAUUGAGCCUCACUAUGCGGUCUACAUGUUGAAAUACGACUCUACCCACGGUCGUUUCAAGGGUACCCUCGAUGUUGAUGGCAACAACCUCGUGGUGAACGGCAAGAAGAUUGCCUUCUACCAGGAGCGUGACCCCGGUGCGAUCCCGUGGUCGCAGACCGGUGCCGGCUACGUCGUCGAGUCCACCGGUGUCUUCACCACCACCGAGAAGGCCAAGGCCCACUUGAAGGGUGGCGCCAAGAAGGUCGUCAUCUCCGCCCCGUCGGCCGACGCCCCGAUGUUCGUCAUGGGCGUCAACGAGAAGUCCUACACCUCGGACAUCGAGGUUCUCUCCAACGCCUCGUGCACCACUAACUGCCUGGCUCCCCUCGCCAAGGUCGUCCACGACAACUUCACCAUCAUCGAGGGCCUCAUGACCACCAUCCACUCGUACACCGCCACCCAGAAGACCGUCGACGGCCCGUCCGCCAAGGACUGGCGAGGUGGCCGUGGGGCCGCUCAGAACAUCAUCCCGAGCAGCACCGGUGCCGCCAAGGCGGUCGGCAAGGUCAUCCCCGACCUCAACGGCAAGCUCACCGGCAUGUCCAUGCGUGUGCCCACCGCGAACGUCUCCGUCGUUGACCUGACCUGCCGUAUCGAGAAGGGUGCCACCUACGACGAGAUCAAGGCGGUCAUCAAGAAGGCUUCCGAGAACGAGCUCAAGGGAAUCCUUGCAUACACCGAGGACGAGAUCGUCUCAUCCGACUUGAUCGGCGACACCGCCUCUUCCAUCUUCGAUGCCAAGGCCGGUAUCUCCCUCAACAACAACUUCGUCAAGCUGGUUUCCUGGUACGACAACGAGUGGGGCUACUCCCGCCGUGUGGUCGACCUCCUUGCCUACAUUGCCAAGGUUGAUGGUGCGGCUUAA